UCAUGUGUAAUUACACAACCCUAUUCAUUUAUAACGUGGAUAAAUACUUGACGCUUAGUAUCGAAGCGCAUUUAUACUCAGUUAUCUCGAAGUAAACUAUACUUUUCUCGAAGCUUCGUGUUUUCAAAGUGCGUAAAAUACAAAUAGAACAGGAAAAAGACUUACCAAAAUGCUAUAUCUUGAGGAUUAUUUGGAAAUGAUCGAACAUCUACCACAGGAACUUAGGGAUCGUUUUACUGAAAUGAGGGAGAUGGACUUAUCUGUUCAAAAUAGUAUGGAUACACUAGAAAAAAGAGUCCGGACAUUAUUUGGUGGCUGUCGACGUGGAGAAAUAAACACAGAUCAAGCUAACACUGAAUUUGCAGACAUAAAACAUGGAUAUAACAAAACAUUGGAAGAAGCAGAUGAAAAAGUAGCACUGGCUAAUCAAAUGCGUGAUUUAGUUGAUCGUUACUUGCGCAGACUAGACACGGAACUGCAUAAAUUCAAAUGUGAACUGGAAGCCGACAAUAAGGGCAUAACAGAGUUACUUGAGAAACGUUCCCUCGACUUAGACACUAACACAAAUCACACGUCUACAUCUAACAACAACCAUUACAAGGAAAACAGAUACCGUAUCAGAGCAGAAAAACGCAGAGACAGCUGGGGUACCAGGGAAUCAAGAGCUCAUGCUACUACUGGCAACCUUUCCAGAACUGACUCUGCUAUACAGGCUGCACUGGGACGCGAUUCAUAUUCUUUAGGGCAUGCUGGUAGCGCCAUAGCCGCAGCAGCCAGCCAGGCUAUAGCCGCCACACAACAGAUGCAGCAGGGGCGGCGGACGGCGUCGCUAAAGGCAUCAUACGAGGCGGUCGCAGGUGGUGAAUUACAACACGCUCACCAUUUGCAUCAUGCCGCCGCGCUCGCCCACCAUGACCACGGUCACGGGGUAAGUUCUGGUCACAGUCAAACCACCAGCGUCCAUGGGCACCAUACAACGUCGCACGGUCAUAGCAAUUCGUCCUCGUCUAAUAAAAGGCAGAAACAAAAAAAAACCAACUACAGUUCAUCAUCGAGUAUGUCAACCCACACUCAGCAAUCCGUCGCAGCCGCCAGUCGUUCUUCAUCGCCUACUGUUGUCGGUAACAUUGUAAACAAUGUUGCUAUUGAAGAGCCUAUGGAAGAGGAAUGGACAUACGACCCCAAUGAGCCACGCUACUGCAUUUGCAACCAAGUGUCCUAUGGGGACAUGGUCGCGUGUGAUAAUCAAGACUGUCCGUACGAGUGGUUCCAUUACCCUUGCGUUGGUAUCACCGCUCCGCCGAAGGGCAAAUGGUACUGCCCUCAGUGUCAAAAUCUUCGGCGCAAUCGCACCCACCGAAAGAACUGAAUUACCUAAUGCCAAUUCAUCACUUGCUAAAAUAUAUAGAAAAUUUAUGCAUUUAAAAUUUGUAAUGUUAAAUGUGUAGUAAGUAGAGAUGGGCA